AUGGAUCGCCUGCCAACGGAAGUCAUCCAGGUCAUCCUCCAUGGAAUUCCCAACAUACGGGACAGACUGAAUCUAGUCCAGAUAUCUCGGCGGUGGCGUGCCUCAUGUUUGGCGAUAGCUUUCUGCUCGACCCACCUCCAAUGGUCACAGGUUCGGUGCCUGGUUGAGGCGGCAUUGGCCAAUCCAGUGAUCAGAUACUCCAUCCGCGAGAUAUCCGUGGAAAAGGUCGCAAAGAAAGUUGCACCGGAAAGACUAAGCUCAGCAGUUCAGGAUCUGAUAGACCUUAUCAGCGACUCUCCCGUGGAAUGGGACGCAUGGCGAAAACAACUAUCAAAGAACCAGGAUGAAGCGUGGAUUGCUCUUUUACUGGCUGUUCUCCCUAAUCUUGCCGCUCUUUCAGCCCACUAUAAUCACCCUGAAGGCUGGAUCACCCGGAUUGUUUCGAAAGCCGCGUGGAAGCAAUCACCUUUCCAUCCCAACAGUCUCUCAGCCUUGCAGCGCUUAGAGACACUCGAUCUGACCUGGUCCGGUCUAUCCACCGUUUUGAGCCACUACGAAUACCUUCCCUUUUUCCACUUGCCUUCCCUUCGCACCUUGCGACUCGGACCUGUCCAGGAGCUCCACUCAGCCUACAGCCCUGCAGACCAUCCAGCCUUCCUACCAGUCCCAGCCAUGUCGCCGGUCGAAAGCCUAGUCCUAGACUUCUUUUGCAGCGGAAGACAUGGGAUGGCCGAUUUCAUUGCCUCUUGCGCCAACCUAAAGCGCUUUGUCUACCAACAUACGAACGACAUUAUCUGGGUUUCGCGCCAAGACGAGGAAGACUCCGUAGGUAUAGACGCUAGCUUUCGGCCUUGGUGCUUCCACGAGGCGCUUCAAACCCAGAAGCAGAGCCUAGAGGUUCUCCACCUGAAUGACCUCGGGGAUGGUUCCAUGCCUCGACCAAACCCUCCUUACAGGGGAGAUGUCGACCCCAUCUCCCAUGACCGAUGGUUCGGGUCGCUGGUGGAUUUCCCCAGGCUGAGGGAUCUACGGAUGCGCGCCAGCAACCUUCUCAAUUUUCAUCCCCAAGAGACAGAGGAAGUGGUCUUGCUAAGAGAUAUUCUGCCCAGAAGCUUGACAUUCUUACAUAUAGCAGACUGUAACGAAGUCUACUGUGCCAGACUGGUCGCCAACCUCGAGGAUCUUCUUGCUCAACACGACGAACGGCUUCCCAAUCUACAGUCCUUACUCAUCUCGCCUGAGCGGGAGACACCACACGGAACCAGCAUUCGCGUCAAGGACUCUUUCAGAAAGCAAUGGACGACCCUUCAGAUGAUGUGUGACAGGGUUGGAGUUCAGUUCUCUCUUGGGGGAGGGGAAAAGAUGGAAACAAAGCUGAACCAUUGGUCUCCGGGAAAGGUUGUAGACGAGACAUUGUUUGGUUAAUCUGUUAAUUGCAUUCUCCACUCUUAAAGCAAAAG